UUUUAUUUCCGGUUGUGGCCCAUGUGUCUUCAAUGUGCAAAGAAAUAUGGAUAAGACCAAGGAAGGACUUUUGGACGGAAAGUUUAAGUAUAAAACUCUGCCGGAUGGUUCUGUGGAUAAAACAAAAGUAAUCUGUGCAUUUUGCAAAGCCGAAUUUAAUUACCACAGAAGUAAUUCGUCUUUGGCAUAUCACUUAAAAGCAAAACACCCCACCGAAACCAUCUCUACGGGGCCUCGCCAAUGUAAAUUGCAGGAGUGCGUUCGUGGUAAAAUGACAAGAUCUGUAAGUGAUAAGGUAAUGAAUGCUUUGGUUAUUUGGAUAGCUAAAAACUGCCGACCCAUUAACAUAGUAGAUGACGAUGGACUGCGGGACAUCAUUAGAACUGCAUCCGGAGAUGCCUCGUACAAUAUGCCCUCAAGAGGAACCAUCAUGUCAAAAAUACACACUUUGUAUGACGAUGAGAAGGCACAGAGGAUGAACACGUUACAGCAAGCGACACACAUCGCACUGACAGGGGACCACUGGACUUCUGUGAGCAAUGACAACUACUUAGGCAUCACAGCGCACUUCGUUGAUAAAGAAUGGAAAUUGCAUUCAUUCGCACUAACCGUGUCUAAAACUGAGGAACGACAGUACGCUGAGGCAUGUGCGGAUCAUUUUCUCGAUGUGGCAAGAGAAUGGAAAAUCGAGGACAAGUUAAGCACACUUGGCACUGACAGUGCUCGUAAUAUGGUUGCUGCCGCGAGACUACUUCCAUUUGAACACCUGCCCUGCACGGCCCACAUUUUGCAACGAACUGUCACAGUUUCCAUUCACGGCAGUGGAUUUGAAAGUGUCCUAGCUAAAUGUCGCAAGAUUGUUGGGCACUUUAAGCAUAGUCCAUCCAACGCUCACGAACUAAUGGAACAGCAAGUUGCAUGUGGACAGAAACAAGAAUCUCUCGUUCAGGACGUUACGACUAGAUGGAAUUCUACCCUAGAGAUGGUCAAGCGAAUUCAGCGAAACAAAUCUCCACUGACCACUACCCUGGCUCAGCAAAAGAGCAAUGUUGCCAUGUUGACUACACAGGAGCUCGCCAAACUGCAAAAGCUGGAGGAACUACUUGAACCUUGCAGAUAUGUAACUGAACUGCUGGGAGGAGAGCAGUACAUCUCCUGCUCAGUGGUAUUGCCAGCCUUGUGCCACUUGUUCAAAAUUAUGGAGUCCACAGAGGAUGAUCCAGCGUAUGUAGUUCAAUUCAAAAAUGAUUUUACUUCAGACCUAUCUAAAAGGAAGGACAGCACUAAUCUCACAUGGCUGAAGAUCGCUACUGCAAUUGACCCAAGGUUUAAAGACCUAAAGUGUCUUCCCAAAGAUGAAAGGAAUGAGGUGUGGGCUUCACUAAGCAAGCUGUUAAUGGCACAGAGUCCUGGAAAACAAGAGUCUAAAGAGACAACAGACCAACAGCCACCAAAGAAGAGAAGGAUCUCCGUCUUGCUGGUUUCUUCUGAUUCAGAGUCAGAUGAAGAGGAAGAGUCCAUAGAACAGUGUCUUAACCGCUACAAAGCAGAGCCCAAAUUGCACAUGGAGGGUUGUCCACUACAGUGGUGGAAAAAGAGAGAAGCAACACAUGCAAGGCUGGCACCAAUAGCAUGCAAGUAUCUGUCAACCCCUGCUACAACGGUGCCUUGUGAGAGACUGUUCUCACUCUCAGGUCACAUCAUUCAAAAGAAAAGGGCCACAUUGUCCCCUGAUAAUGUCAACAGACUGGUCUGUCUCAGCAACUGGCUGAAUGUAAAGGAGGACUAAGCAAAAUAGUUUCUACUUUAUAAUUAAUGUUCUCAACUCUCAGCAAUACAACGUUACAAUGAGUAAAAUUUUUUGUAUUCAUUCCUUUAUUAGUAUUAUUUUCCAAUUUCCAUAUUUGCAAUGACUAUACUUUGGAAUUUUUUUGCA